GUGGACGCCUAGAGCGUUGCCGGCGAACAGGCUUUCCCUUCGUUAGUCCUUCCCAACAUGGCGCAGUCGGUUAAUAUCACGGAGCUGAAUUUACCGCAGCUAGAAAUGCUGAAGAACCAGCUGGACCAGGAAGUGGAAUUCCUGUCCACGUCCAUUGCCCAGCUCAAAGUGGUACAGACCAAGUACGUGGAAGCCAAGGACUGUCUGAACGUGCUGAACAAGAGCAACGAGGGGAAAGAAUUACUUGUCCCACUGACGAGUUCUAUGUAUGUCCCUGGGAAACUACAUGAUGUGGAACAUGUGCUCAUCGAUGUGGGAACUGGCUACUAUGUAGAGAAGACAGCUGAGGAUGCCAAGGACUUCUUCAAGAGGAAGGUAGACUUCCUUACCAAGCAGAUGGAGAAAAUCCAGCCAGCUCUGCAGGAAAAGCAUGCCAUGAAACAGGCUGUUAUGGAGAUGAUGAGCCAGAAGAUUCAGCAGCUCACAGCUCUGGGAGCAGCUCAGGCCACUGCCAAGGCCUGAACUUGUUGCAGAAAUAGAGCUGAGGGACCCUGCUUCAGGGGCCUGGGACUCUGUGGGCAUGGCUUCUUAGGGCGGGGGCGGGGGUCUCGUCGAGCUUGUGUUUAACGCUAAUAAAAGUGCCAGCUGGCCAGAA